UCCAGCUCCAUUCACUGCCCCCAAGGGAAGCCUUUGUGUGGCCCUGGGAGAGACUUUAGUAGACCAUUCCCCUUACAGGUGGAGGCCCCCAACCCCAUUCCUGAGAGGGAGCCUGACUACCACAUUGAGCUAAAGAAAGCCCCCCUAAGAGAAGAGACUUGCCCCAGGAGAGAAUCUCUUUGCCCCCCCCCCCCCAUACCCUGCUGGGAGAAGCACCCCGACCCUUACCUCCCACCUCUGCGCCCACCAUGGCCCAGCAGCAGAUGACCAGCUCCCAGAAGGCCCUGAUGUUGGAGCUGAAGUCCCUGCAGGAAGAGCCGGUGGAGGGAUUUAGGAUAACUCUGGUUGAUGAAAGUGACCUGUAUAACUGGGAAGUGGCAAUAUUUGGGCCUCCUAAUACCCUGUAUGAGGGGGGCUAUUUUAAGGCUCAUAUAAAAUUCCCCAUUGACUACCCAUAUUCCCCUCCGACCUUCCGAUUUCUGACAAAGAUGUGGCAUCCCAAUAUCUAUGAGAAUGGCGAUGUCUGCAUUUCAAUCCUUCACCCCCCAGUAGAUGAUCCACAGAGCGGAGAGUUACCGUCAGAAAGGUGGAAUCCCACGCAGAAUGUCAGAACUAUAUUACUCAGUGUAAUUUCCCUGCUCAACGAACCAAACACCUUCUCCCCGGCUAAUGUCGAUGCCUCUGUCAUGUUUAGAAAAUGGAGGGACAGUAAAGGAAAGGACAAAGAAUAUGCAGAAAUUAUCCGGAAACAAGUUUCGGCCACGAAAGCCGAGGCAGAAAAGGACGGCGUGAAAGUCCCGACCACGUUGGCAGAGUACUGCAUCAAAACCAAAGUGCCUUCUAGUGACAACAGUUCUGACUUACUUUAUGACGACUUGUAUGACGAUGACAUAGACGAUGAAGACGAAGAGGAGGAGGACGCCGAUUGCUACGACGACGACGACUCUGGCAACGAAGAGUCGUGACGCGCUCCUUCAGUCCUUCCCUUUAUCCACAGCCUGAUCCUUAGACCUCCCUGCUCUCUUCCUCUCUAGUUCCUCCGCCUCCGCUGCCCUUUCUACCCCUGCUAUCUCAGGCCGGAAAUGGAGCAGAUCUGAACUGGCAAGGGCGCCCCCCUUCCCACACACACGACCGACGGUCUCUUUGUCGCGGUAAAGACCAACUUGCCUUUUGCAUCCUGCAGCGAGAGAUGCAGGGACACCGGCUCCGUUUUUAUGGACCUCUCGUGGAGGGACGGGAAAGCGGCACGGAAUCUAUGGAAUUCCCGAAUGCUGAACCAGUCUCCUAGUGCCGUGCACAAUAAUGAUUUUCGUUGACCUACAAAGCCCCCUCCUUUUUGUCUUUAUACCUUUAUAAUCUGUCGGAAGGCUUUGGUUUUUGAUUUUACCCGUGGAGGAGACUGUAGCUUCCCCCCCGGUGCCCUCUCUCGUUCCUUGCUGGUUUCUUUAUCCGUCGGGGGAAGCUGGCGUUGGGUUUGGAAUUGACGUGGCACUGCAGAGAAGCAAAUGAGCAAAAAGACGUAACCAUGCAAUAUCGCCAAGGUUCCAGCGCAUCUCGUUCCAGCAAUCACACACGUACCUUUUUUUUUUUUACUUUUACCUCAGGCAAUCCUUCAAGGCCUCUACCUGUGCCGGACCUCUUAACGUGGCACACACCCACCCCCCUCCGUCGCCAGUUCCGGCCCCGCCGGAUGCCCUUGUUACUACUGCUGUUGGCGCGAAUGGCUUUGUCAGUGUCGGUGAAAUGUAGGAAGCUAGAACAUAAGCUGGAUAGGCAGCCUGGAGGGGUAUUGCGGUAUGCGGCACAACACAAUUUAUUGCUACGGAAUUUAAAAACACAAAAAAAAAAAGUGUACAAAUAUUUGUGUGCAAGAGGUCAUGGCUUAGCUAAUGUGUUUCCUUUCUGUUUCUCUCCUUGUUUUUCAUUUUCCCUAGAUUUGUUCUUUGUUUUGUUUUUUUUUUUUCCUUUUUCUUUUUGUUUUGUUGUUUCUUUUAAUGUUUUUUUUUUUUUUUUUGCAUUCUAGCACCCAUGGCUGCAAAAGGGUAUUAACUGCAGUUGCAGGGCUCUUGUGGUAUGUUUGUUUGUGGGUGUCUUUCACUGUUGUAAAGCAGAAAAGGACAAAUAAAGCAAGAUGUGAAAUCCAAAA